CCGUGCUCGCGGUGCCGCUUCCCGACAGGCACCGCGGCGGGAGCGCCGGGCCGCAGCCGCUGGCCGCUCUCCUCAGGCUCCGUCCCGUCCCGUCCCGUCCCGCCGGGCCCCUCAGCCGCCGCCGCCGCCAUGCGCCACAGCCUCACCCAGCUGCUGGCGGCCUCCUCCGGCGGAGCGAGCCCCUCGGGCGCCGUCUGGCCGCUAGCCGGCGCGGGGCAGGCCCCGCGAGGGCGGGAUGGCGGCGGGGAAGGGGAUCCGGGCCCCGCGCGGCCCAAGCAACAGCAGCCGCCGCGGCGGGAGGCGGGCGCCUCGGAGCCGCGGCGGCAAGAGAAGGAGCCGGAGGCGCCCGGUGGCCCGCUGGAGGUGUGGGAGCAAGAGGACUGGUUCCCGGGGCUGGAGCUGGGAGACCUGCUGGAGGCGGCCCGGCCGGACUGGGACCUGGACGCGGAGCUGAGCGGCUGCUUCUGUGGGGAACCGGAGCCGCCGCCCCCGCCGGGCCAGGGCCAGAGGCCGGCGGCGCCCGGCCGGAGGAACGGCGGGGCCGGGAGCCGGCUGAAGGCGGCGGCGGCGGCGCGGCUGAACCGGCUGAAGAAGAAGCAGUACGUGCUGGGGCUGGAGAGCCGCCUGCAGGGCCUGGCUGCCGAGAACCGGCAGCUGCGGGACCGCAACCGCGGCCUGAGCCGGCGCCUGCGAGAGCUGGAGCGGGAGAGCAGCUACCUGCGGGCCGUGCUGGCUAACCAGAGCGCUCUAGGGCAGCUCCUGAGCCGCCUAGCCGGGAUCCGCGCCGGCGGGCUGCAGCUCGGCACCAGCCUCUUCAGGGACACGGGCAGCCCCCGCCGCCAUCACCACCACCUCCAGCCCGCCGGCGAGAGCAGCGACCACGACUACGCCCUGCCCAGCUCCCGGCCUGCCGGCCUGGAGGAGGCGGCGGCGGCGGCGGUGGUGACGGAGACGGAGGAGGAGUGGGCGGCCGCCGGCGGGAUCUGCCUCCACGUGGACCGGGAUCAGGUGUCGGUGGAGUUCUGCUCCAUCUGUGCUCGGCGGGCGGCGGCCUCCUUCAAAAUGUAGGGUCAAGUACCUGCUGCAAGUACUCGUGGGGUUCUCGCCCCUAGGGGCCUCGCGUCGUGGCGGAGGAAGCAGGCGAUGUUUCUCUUUUAGGUGCUUGCCCUGCCAGGCUCCGUUGUGUAGGGGUUAAAGAACAGUCGUUUUCCACCUCGCAACCUGUGGAUUCAGCUGUGUUGGGGCAGAAGAGACGGGACCAGCUGCUGGCCACAUUUCCUGCUUUAUUUUAAAAGGUAGUAUAAGAAAUGAGAAUAAAGAGGUAACAGGGCUUUUGCUGUCUUUGGUUAAAAAAAAAAAAAAAGGUUGAAUGCUGGGAUCAUUUACUGUCAUCCAAGAUGGUUUUUUUAAAAGACAAUGUCCUAUCAAACAGGUUUCACUCCACUGUAUGCAGAAUUCCAUCUGUUCAGGGUAUAUUGCCAGCACAAAAGAGACUUAGUGGGCUAUGUGUUACCUUACACCUCUGUGGUGGCGUCAACAGGACUGUUCAAAGUUUCAGUCUUAAAUUGUGUAACCCUGCUGUAAUUGGUGGGUUAUACCAGUGCCACAGGAAUCAGAGUUAACCAUCAAGACCCGUACUGACUGAUACGCAAAAUGGAAAUAAUUGAGUUAGAUUCAACCUAGGCUCAAUCUGCCUAGCUCAGACUUCAUGAACAUGCUUUGUUUUGAAGUUCAACAUGCUUGAUGAAACGAGAAACACUAAUGUAGCAAGUAUGAGAUGUUACAAUGGCAUUUUUACAGUUACUUCAGUGUAGAAGUGUUUUUUAAGUUAACUUAAAUAUGCAUUCUUUCUUUUUGCAUUACUGCUAAAUGGUAGGGGUCAGGGACGUAGUUCUGGUCUCUGUUGUGAACCUGCACAUCGCUCUAGUCAUGAAACUACCUGUGAGCUGUGUCUGAGAGUAGCUGAUUUUCUGACAUGCAAAAUGAUGUAUACUGGUACAAGAACAAGGUCAAGUCCCAAGAAAGUAAGUGGCUGCAGGCAUUUCUAGUGCCUACUGAAUCUUAUUUAAACCAAAUAGAGGGGAGGAAGUUAUUUGAAACUCUAACCGACUGUACUAUCUGUAUGGUGUAUUAUUAAUGUAGCUUUUUGAAGUGGAAGCCUUGAAAUGACAUAACUUAAUACUUGAAAAUAUAUUGUAAAUGUUUCUUUGUAAUUAUGUGCCAUCCAGAUAAGAAUACAAUAUCAUAAUAAAAUCAGACUUGUUGAUCUUUCAAUUUAUGGGCUCAAAUGUUUUUUCAUCUUUUUCUUCUCACUAAUGCCUUGCUUUAAUUUAGUGGUUUGUUACACAAAAUGGGAAAACAGAAAGGGGAAAAUGCUGUUGCUGCUAUCUGUGGGGGUCAUCAGUUGCAAAACAAGAUAAAAUGGAUUAGGGUAUGCAGGAGAAAUGUUCUUACUCCUCUGUCUUUCAGGUUAAUUUUGUGGUGAGGACAAAACGAAAGCAUUAUUCCUUGAACCAAAGAUUGUACUUCUGAGAAUCACCACUCCUUGUAUUUUACAGUUGUUUUUCUUUCUUAAUAUUUUAUUAAUGUGGGCAUGUUUGAUCAAUAAACCAUGGAGGAGUAGAAUACUUACAUAAAUGCUUCCAUUGUCUAUUGGCAUCUUCCUCCUUUCUGUCCCAUUUUCAGGUUCUGAAGUUUGACGAGUGGUUAAUAAUAUGCUGUUAAACCAUAAUCUUUCAUCAAAUUGUUAUUUCCACGCUAAAACGCUGGAGUGAGUGUAAAAAAAGGUUUGAGGGUGCUGAAAGGACAAAACAUUUUUAAAGCUCCAGAGCGAGCCAUGUACUGUACUCUUUGAUUUCUGUUAAUCUUAAAUGCUUUAUUGGUAGAGAGCAGUUUAAAAUAGCGUGCUGGCUUUCUAGCAUCCAGGCAUUCUAGUGAAAGUAGUCUGCAGCUUGAUAAAAAGGAACAUUUCACAAAAACCAUAGCUUAAAAAUUUAAAAACAUACUGGCAUGCUCUGCCUUUUUCGCCGCCGGUUGUAGAAAAUACCCUGUUCAGCACUGAAGUUUGUGUUUGUUAAACUGUACGUACCACAGAACCAAGUGCCAUCAGUGUUAAACUGCAUGGCUACGCUACCUUCGUUUUCCAGUAUUUCUCCACCCCACAGCUGCUUGAAGACUAUUUAGCAGUUAAAUAAGAAACAAUUUCAUGCUCAAUUCCCUGUUAGUCCUUUACAGUUUGAGUCUGGUGCUGUGACUCUUUAGUAGCAUUCUAAAUUAACUUCUCUCUCUUUCCUCUGAAGAGCUUAGCAGCAUCUGGGAGGAAAAAACAAAUCGGUGCUUCUGCAGUCUCUAGCUGCUUGGAGAGAUGAUACCAAAGUAAAUGUAGGGAACCAUAUUCCAACACUUGGCAUUUCUUGGUACUUGCAGAUUAUCAGAUUUCUCAUGCCACUUGUCAAAACCGUAGUCGGUUUUCCCUGUGAAACACAGAGAUCUUCUGCAAAAAACAAAGGCCUUUUUGUAAAUUUACUGAUUUUUAAAAACUUGUGUUCUCCAGAGCUUGUAGUUAAACAGGUUUUCUGCUAGAAUCAACAGUACUCCGUUUAUAGGGUUGUGUAUGCUAUUAGUUAGACUGUAAAUGUCUCAGGAGAUAUAUUAGGUAUGGGGGUUGCACAAAUGGGCUUUGUGUUUAAAGAACGCCCUGUGUAAAAUUGCACGUUGGCAGUAGCUGAUUCUACAGUUUUUCACCCAGUUUAAGUGGGAUAUGCAGAUUUGGAGAAAUAAUUCUGCCUUUGCUCAUUAGCAGGAGGAUAGCUGGACUAGGGCGGGUACAAGGGAGAUGAGGCUAUAAUUUGCCGAGGGCUGUGGAAUAGAUGGUCGUAUUGAAAUUCAGCAUCAAAAAUGGUACAUAUAGAAGAUAAAAUCAGUGCUUUUUUUAGUAUUUUGAUGAUUCUUAUCUAUAGCCAGUCUCUCGGCAUUCUUUUGGCAGUAGUUCAGACCUUGAGUAGUCAGAAGUCCAUCUCUACGGGUUUAUAUUGGACACAUGCAUUCUUCUAAGAAUGCAGUAAAAGCUAUUGCUGGGAUACGUAGUCUGCGACUGGCUUGUUUCUACUAAAAUGGUAGAAGGAAGAAUACAACUAAAACUUCUUCUAGCGAAGAUUUUCGGUAGGGAGGCAGCGUUUGCAAGGAGAUUGUUACAGUGGGUAGGAGGCCAAGAACUGGUAAAAGCUCGUCCUUUGACUUCUUGAGAGUUGCAUGAGGUAAGUGGUUCUGUUGGUUAAAGUCUGAUGACUUCUGGAGAUACCAUAACUCACUGUCUUGUAAAAUACUUGCUCCGUGAGAAUCUCUGAAGUGUGGGUGAUGAAGGUUAAUAAGACGUACCUGGCUACAAGGCUCGCGUUCAUGGGGAGAGCCAGGAAAACAGGAUAGAGGCCACCCACGACAGCCCCUAUUAAUCCUCCUCUGACCACAGCGCAGACCUCACAGUUUAGCUCACCUG